AGACGGGGGAGGUAGCCUCCAGACGGUCUCGUAACACUUCGCGCUUCGGACGCCUGGGAGCUUUUGUCUUCGAGGGCAGCGAACUCACGAUGCACGCGGUUCAGGAGGGCCUGGCGAUGACCGCACAGCGCGGACCACGGUGGAAAUGACUGCGGUCGAACGAUGAAUGCGUCGACACUGUCGUCUGUCCGCAUGCACGAGGCGCCGCUCCGUGACGUCAGCGCUCUGAUAGUGCAAACAACGCCAGUUGGCCGACUUCGCACCGGCAGGUCCAGGCGUACGUGUCGCUUGACGGCUAUGCGUUGACUUCAGCUGCUGCGUGAAACCUUCCAACUUGGCUCGAGAAAAACAAGCCAUGGCUCGAACUGUUGUGCUGGCCGCAGUUUGCUGCCUGGUGGGCGUGGCCAUCCUGCUGCUCGUCGAGCAUCCCGGGGGCGUGUCGGCCGUCAAACUGACCUACCUGGGCAACACCACCGCCUGCGAUAUCUGCGACCAGGACGUCGACUUCUCCGGUCGCAACUUCAUCUGCUGCCUGACGAUGAGCAAGUGCUGCGGCCCCGACAGCCUCGACAGGAAAUGACGGAGCCUGUGGGAUGACGUCAGUAAACUUUUCCCCGCUGCACCUGCGCAGAAAAACAGUAUACCCUACUUUGUUGCCGACACAUGCGUUUUCGCAUACAGACUGCUUUCAGUGGCUAUUGGCCUACACGAAUUCCGAUAAACUGCAUUCAAGGCAUAGCGCAGCCAAAUUCAACAAUGACGAGCACGUGCUAUUUAUCGCAUUUUGUACAUCUAAAUAACGAAAUGUCAUCAUGACGCAGUCCGCGCUUCUUUUUCUUUUUUUCUUUUUUGUUCCUGUUACGGAUGUUAAAAAAUUGAAGCUACAACUUUUCAUGGUCAAGCGGGUUUGUUUGAGCAGUCUCAUCGUCGUAUACAAGAUUGACCUGUUCUUCUUAAUUAUACAAGCAUGGCUGAAAUUUAAGGCAACCUACUCGCGCUUUUUUAUUCAUGCGUGUGCAGUUAUAUAACACGAUACACUCGCGGAGCUCUCGUUGUUUUUUUUGUUAUUUUUCCUUUGCUAUUGUUGCUGUUUUUCUUGUCAUCAGAAGCAGUCAACACAUUUUAGUAGUUGUCCGGAA